AUGCCGAAGCACAGUUUCACUUUGUGGCUCUUCGCACAUGAAAGGCUACGGACCAAGGACCGGAAACCAGAUGUACAAUGCAAGACAUUACCGUUGUGUCAAGAUGCGAACGAGACCUUCAAUCACCUCUUCUUUCGAUGCCCGAUCAGCAUGGUUCUAUGGGCCAAAGUGCGGGCUUGGUUGGGAAUGUGUUACAUGAGCACGACCAAAAGAAUAAUGCAGGUCUUCAAGAGGAGGAUUCAAGAGAAUAGUCAUCUCACCAAGGAUAGAUGCAACAAAUCCAUCCUGCAGCACAGAGAUGACAAGAGGAAUGCUGGUUUCUCUACGAAACAAAUUCACAGCAUUACUGAAAUCACAAAUAACGUUGAUCUAUCUUCCUCGUAG